AAAGGAGAACCCAAAUUAAAACGCUCGUUAACCCCCAAAAGACUGCGUAACACAUAUUAAACCUAGACGAACUUCGAAUAAUAAUUUUUCUUUUCGUAUGACUGUAUGACCGCAUACACGUUACUUCUUCGGGACUGCGCCUCAUUCGUUAUAUCUUUACGUGACAGCGUUGCAACUUUCUGCCGAAGCUCUCGACAGUAAACGCUGAAAUUCAAUAGACGGGAUAAAGAACCUAAAGAACCAAAAAAAAAACCAAAAAAAAACAUGACUACAAUUAGCGGCCAAAAUAUCCCAUUGAUACUAUAAUAUUCGGUCUGACAGCAUCGUUUUUCUUAUCCAACCAGAAUUGUAGGCUUUAACACGACCACGUGCUCAUUCAUUCGUUGGCACUCUUUGGAAGAAGAUCUACACCGAGCACGAACGAAGUGGCGGCCACUUAAUUUCUAACCUCUUAUUUCUGACCUUGACCUCUAUCACUAAAGGCUUACGGUUUAAGAGCUACCGAAUUGCCUUGUUGGAUGAUUCCGGGAGACUAGCUCUUCGGUCAGUGAUGCCGUGGGAGCACAAGGGGCGGCAUAUUGAAGGCUUAUAGAGACUGCCCCUCAUCACCAUGGAGUCUAACGGUCAAGAUGGUCUUGACAACUCGUCCUUGAGACCAGUCUCGUCCCUGAGGUCUCAUUUUGAGAAUAUGAACCAGCCCAAAGAUGGACCAGUAGCUACACAAUCUCAGCCCCCACCUACACGAAAUCAGUCGCCAUCCCCAAAUCUUCCCCCGAUUCCAGACACAAGACCUACCCGGAGUGGGAAUGUGCCAGCGGAUAAUGGAAAGCCCAGGCCAAAGGAAGUCCUGAAUACUACAGGUCUUCAUUCUGCUCAGAUCGCGAACCCCUCGCCGUUAAGCCCUAGACCUAUCAGGCCCCCUGCCGUCUUGGUUGAACCACCUCAGUCACCACCGAAAGCAAGACCGCUCUCUAUCCUACAAAGCGAUACGAAUACCCACCUUUUCCCUGAUCCCUCGAAGACUCAAAAUACUCCAGUUACUUCUUCACCUCGACCCUUGAAGAUCUCUAGCCGACCGCAUACUCCCAUACUCGAGCCCGGCCGAUCUCCUAGGCUCGCUGCUACUCAACCGCCAUCACCGCCUCCUCCGCGAAGAUCGGCUGAGCUGAGAAGAGAACGUGAAUCUAGGGCAUCGCCGCCGAUUCCUCCACCUGUUAAUCGUGCUGAAAAGCCAGCCAAUAGACUCUCAAGGCUGAUGGAAAAUGCAAACAAACUAGAAUUAGCCCCUCAAAUUGCAGAGAAGCGUUCGCCGUUCAAUAGCCCUCCUUCUAGCGCCAGCAGCCCCGAUCGUGAAGAUCCGCCAGUGCUCCCGACUCGGCCAGCACGACCGCCGAUUCAGACGACCGUGCCGAGGACUAGCGCAUUGCCAUCAGGCUUCGAUCCUCCCCCAGUUCACCAUACAAUUGCAACCAUACGUCGAGACUACGAAGUCAACGGAAAUGCCAGAUCACCUGUCACUUCUCAGCUUGCGGACAAGCAACCUACUCUCCCAGCUCGACCACAGACUGUUCCGGAUCCAGCUUCUGCCCGAAUUCCAGCAAAUACAGCCGUGAGGCCACCACCUCGACCUCCGAGACCUGUUGUGACUACUGCUAGUGCUACUAUAGAAAACCCCCUAUCCCCCCAGCCUAAACGUGUAGUUUCAACACCAACUACUCAAUUUGUGCCUCCCCCGUCACGCACUCACGGAAGAUCCUUAACAGUAGAUAGGAACUCAGAAAAGGCUCCUGUCGAAUCCUAUGAUUCCACGAGAAGGCUAGGCGUAACUGAUGCGGAUAGCCGCUCUCCUGAAUCUUCAGGCCCUACCCCCACGGGUCACGUAGAAAUUGUAACUCAAUUCCCAGACACUACCAGAGUGAAUCGGCGGCCGCCCUUCAUCAAGCAAGGCACCCAUGAAAUUUCUACCAAGUACGAUACUAGGAUAUUCGAUGUUUGUGGGCAGUAUGUAUGUACCACCGGUCACCUCACCCGAGUCUGGAGCUUGCUGGAUGGCGAGCUUCUCAUGAGCUUCGCCCACGGAGAGGGAAUUAAAGCGACGGCCGUAGCGUUUAAACCUACAUCAGAUAUACAAGAUGAAGGGACGCGAGUCUGGAUUGGCAACAAUGUCGGCGAGAUUAUGGAAGCCGAUGUCACGUCUCAGGGUAUCACCGAGAGUAAGACGAACGCUCAUGGACGGUACGAAAUAGUCAAGAUUUACAGGCACUACAACGAGAUGUGGACUCUGGACGAAGGAGGAACCUUGCAUGUUUGGGGGCCAGAGAGCGACGGAGUCCCGAAUCUUGGCGGCAACCCCCAUCAAACUUAUAGGCUACCUAAAGGACAUACUUUUUCGAUGGUAAUUGGCGAAGAAUUAUGGCACGCAACGGGCAAAGAAAUCCGCAUCUUCACUCCUACUGCCGGCGGUCGGAAUCAACUGCAAGUCCUUAUGAGACCUUUAAUCUCAGAAGGAGCAGGCGAAGUAACAUCCGGGGCUCUUCUCAAAUCGCAGCCUGGGAAAGUUUUCCUCGGUCACAACGACGGCAAAGUCAGCAUCUAUUCUCAAAAAGAUUUUACAUGUCUUAGCGUGCUCAACGUCAGCUCUUACAAGAUCAAUUCUCUAGCUGGUGUGGGUGGUUAUAUGUGGGCAGCUUUUAAUACCGGGAGAAUAUGCGUGUACGAUGUUGCAGAGUCGCCUUGGGUUGUUAAAAAGGACUGGCAAGCUCAUGAUAACCCGGUUAUAAAAAUCAUUGCCGAUCCCUCGAGCGUCUAUAAGCUCGACCGCUUCCAGGCCGUCACCCUCGGAGCCGACAAUACGAUAAAGUGUUGGGAUGGCUUACUCCAAGACGACUUCUUAGAAAACGAGAUGAAGUCCCUCGAUGCACAAUAUUGCAAAUUUGAAGACAUUAGGCUUUUGGCAAUGACAUGGAAUGCUGGGGCUUCAACCCCGAACAGCCUAAGAUACUCCGAGUCGGAUGCCACGUUUAUGCAAAAUUUGCUGCAGUCGAGCGAUUCGCCCGAUAUUCUUAUCUUUGGAUUUCAGGAACUGGUUGAUCUAGAGGAUAAAACCGCGACGGCAAAGCGCUUUUUCAAGCCGAAGAAGAAAGAUGCGUCGGACCAAGAGCGGAUGAGCCAUCAAUAUCGAGAUUGGAGAGAUUUUCUCGUUAGAUGCCUAGACGACUAUAUGCCGGCCGAACAUCUCUAUCACCUCCUCCACACGGCGACUCUGGUGGGUCUCUUCACUUGCAUAUUCGUGAAAUCGACUCUCCGCGAUCGUAUACGCAAUAUCAACGGUUCCGAGAUAAAACGUGGAAUGGGAGGCUUACACGGCAACAAAGGUGCCAUUAUUAUACGAUUUAUGGUGGACGAUACUUCGCUCUGCUUCAUUAAUUGCCAUCUUGCGGCCGGACAGUCAUCAGCAAACCAGCGACACAACGACAUUGCCGCAAUUAUGGAAACCGCUCUCCUUCCUAUAGAGCGCGACCCAAGUGUUCGUAUCGACAGUUACAUAGGUGGUGGCGACGGUACCAUGGUCCUCGAUCACGAGUUAUGCCUACUUAACGGUGACCUUAACUACCGCAUUGAUACCAUGUCGCGGGAUACGGUCGUGAUCGCUGUAAAACAAAAUAACCUGGCCAAACUUCUGGAACGUGAUCAGCUCCUCGUAGCCCGUCGGAGGAACCCUGCAUUCAAACUUAGGGCAUUCGACGAGAUGCCCAUCGAGUUCCCUCCCACGUAUAAAUAUGACGUAGGAACUGAUAAUUACGACACUAGUGAGAAGAAGCGCUCCCCAGCAUGGUGCGAUCGCCUCCUUCACCGAGGUUUUGGUAGAAUACAACAACUUGAAUACAGACGGCACGAGGUCCGUGUGUCUGAUCACCGGCCCGUGACUGGCCAGUUCAGGUUUACUGUCAAAUCUAUCUCACCUAAGAAGCGGACGUUGGCUUGGGCAGACUGCCAGCAACGCUUCGAGAACCUCAAGGAGAAGGAGGCGAAUGCGGAGAAGCUUUAUUAUCUUACGAAUGUUAUCGGGUAUGAUUCAGAUACAAGCAUGAGGUUGAUACGCGAAAAGACAACCAGAUAAUAGACCAGUCCGGGUCUACAUGGAGGAAUAAUAAGAUAGAGAAGCAGUCAGGUCCAACUUUGCUUGCGAAGUUAGAGGAAUAAACGUGGAAAGCGAAGGGUUCUUCUAACACCCAUGAGAGAAGAUGAGGCAGGUUCAAGAAAAUAGAGAGCCCGCGUAAUGAUUAGUUACGAUAUAGAACGACAAAAAGAUGGCAAAUUCGCCACUAAAGACGGACUGUUUUCAAUGCCUGGUUAGAUGGUUGGGCCUAUGAAAGAUGAAUAUUGUCGAUGUUUAAGAAGCAACGAUAAAAAUACUGCAAUAGAGAAUCAAGAUAAAUAAUGAAUCCAAGAAAUCCUAGGGGGAGACGACGAGGCUUCUUGAUCGUCCGAAUCAAUACUCGGUCAAUACUAAGUACAUGUAUAAUUUUUAUAGGUGGUGUCUGGGAAUAAAUACGUAACGGAUGUCCGUCAUCGGC